AAGCGCCGACGAGUUUAGAGGCUUUCUCUCCACCGCGCUGACAAGAACCAGCAGAGACGCACUGGGAAGAGUCAAUUAGAACAUUGGAGGAGAAAAAAAAAAAAGAAAAAAAAGCACUUUCGUCGCUUCGCCGCCGGAUACGCGACUCGACCUGGGGUUUGGAUUAACUUCGGGCCGACGCUUUUUUUUAGUUUUUUCUUUUUCAUUUGCUUUGGGGAAGACAAAGAAGACAAUGGGCUCGCAGUCGUCCAAGGGAGAGGUGGCCGUGGAGGCCAACGCCGCCGCCGCCGAUGCCGCGGCUGUCAAAACCAACGGACAGGAGAACGGCCACGUGAAGACCAAUGGCGACGUCUCCACUAAGCCUGACGGGGAUGCUGCCGCCACCAAUGGCUCGGCCGAGGCGGCCAAGGAGCCCGAGGCCGGCGCUGAGGGUGACGCCAUCGAGCCGGCGCCCGCCGCCGCCGACGGAGAGGCGACCAAACCCGAGGGCGAGGCGGCCAAACCCGAGGGCGAGGCGGCCGCCAAGGAGACCCCCAAGAAGAAGAAGAAGAAGUUCUCCCUGAAGAAGUCCUUCAACUUCAAACUCAACCUGAAGAAGACCAAGAAGAACGAGGCGGUCAAAGAGGAGGCCGCCGCCGCCGAGGAGGAGAAGCCGGCUGAAAAUGGCGCCGCCGCCGCCGCCGUGGACGAGAAGAAGGAGGAGGCGAAGGAGGAGGCUCAAGCCGAGGCCCCGAAAGCGGAGGAGGGGGCUGCCAAAGAGGACGCCCCCAAGGAAGAGGCCAAGGAGGCAGCUGCCCCCGAGGCCUCCAAACCCACAGAGGAGAGCAGCUCGACCCCCGCCCCCUCUGAAAAGAAGGAGUGAUUGUACGCACACGAACUGGCUGGACUGUUUUUCAAAGAAAGAGAGAGAGAGAGAAUUUAAGAGUAUAUAUAUAUAUUUAUAUAUAUAUGUGUAUAUGUAUACAUAUGUAUAUGGAUAUAUGUAUAUGUAAAUAUAUACACAUGUAUGUGAGAGACUCCUUUCGACGUGCCACUUUCUUCGUCAAGACGACAGACUAGAUUCACCCGGUCACUACCUGCUCGACAUCUGGACCUCGACGGACUUUUCAAGGCUGCGGCGAGACGACACCACCAAGCACACGCGGUCGGACGACGACGACGACACCAACGGAGGACGCGUCUUAUUUCCGCCCACCUCCCAGCUCUAGAUGCCUCCUCGGCGAAGGGGAGAAGAGGACACCAACACCACUUGAAAAGACUGUUCAACAGCCGGGGGGGGGGACGACAACAACAACAACAACAAAAAUAGAAAACAAGAAAUCGGGGAAAAUUCAAGAGACUCGCCAACUUUUUACAUUCCUAUAUUUUAACCCAAAUUUGAAGUAUUUUGUGGUGUAUUAUAGAGAACCAUCUUGGAGAAAAAAAAAGAAGUCUUGUUUGUUAAAAAAAAGAAAAAAAAGAAACUAUAGACAAGUUUGAUUUUUACCUUACUAUGGAAUAAAAAAAAAAAAGAACACUUCAGCUUGCUAUGUUCACUGUUGCGGUUUGAUAUGAAGCAGAGUUGUUUAUCUGUUGUGUGUGAGCCUGAAUCUGCUUUGUCUCUGUAAAUACAAUUGGGAUUGAUUUCUGUUCUUUAUUUUGCUAAUGUUGACAGAUGUUACUGGUUUUAUUGUAAAGUUGAUAAUGGUAAAUAAAUGUUGGUUACCUGCC